AGUAACAAAGACAGGCCUUUCAUUCUCUCUCUUUAAUUCAUUCUCUCUCCGAAUGGGGUGCUUAGGUAUUGGUUGGGAGUCAAAUCUGGAGGAAUCCGUUUCAGGGUUCUCUACCAAUUGAAGGAAAUACUACAUAUAGCCCAUUUCAUGUUCCUGAUGUUCUUUAAUGCUUCCUUUGAAAAGAGGUUACUCAAUCUUCACUAUUGAGAAGUUGUGUUUUUGGCUUUUUAACCGUUUUCCCUUAGCCAAGUUUCUUUUGGUUUUUCUCUUAAAUCCGGAGACUUUGGCCGAAUCUAGCAACACCCAUUUGGUCAGUGUCUCUGGAACCGGCCUUAAAACAGAAAUUUUUUAUCACUGCUUCUGAUCAUGGAGGGAGAAAGUUCGUGGAUCAGCCAUUACCUUGAUGACAUAUCAAAAGACAAUGGCGAGUUUGAUACUUUCUCAGAGCUUAGUGAUGACAGCAAUAAGGAAGCUGUAGUUUCUGUGGACUUGAUCUUGCCUGAUGACUUGUUGGAACGAAUCUUAGCUUAUCUUCCCAUUGCAAGUAUUUUUAGAGCCGGUUCCGUGUGCAAAAGAUGGCAUGAGAUUGUAAGUUCAAGAAGGUUUUUGUGGAACUUUUCCCAGGUAUUAUCACAAAAACCUUGGUAUUUUAUGUUUACGAGCUCUGAUGAACCAGUUGGUUAUGCCUAUGAUCCCAUCCUUCGGAAGUGGUACAGCAUUGAUCUCCCAUGCAUCCAAACACCAAGUUGGAUCAUUUCCUCGUCUUGUGGCUUGGUUUGUUUCAUGGACAAUGACAGCAGAAGCGAGCUGUAUAUCUGCAACCCCAUCACCAGACUCUGCAAGAAGAUUGAGGAGCCCCCAGGUUUGAUAUUUUCUGAUUAUAGUGCAUUGGCUAUCUCAGUAAACAGGACUUUGCGUAAUUAUACUAUCUCCAUCGUAAAGUCUAAGCAAGUUCCUGGAAAUUUUUUCCAGUGGGAUCUUUCGAUUCAUAUUUAUGAGUCUGAAACAAUGAUGUGGAUGACUUCCUUGACAGAGGUUUUGACAGGGUGGAGAGGCGGAGAUGAGAGUGUGAUCUGUGGUGGGGUCUUAUACUUUUUAAUUUACUCAACUGGUGUAGGCACAUCAGAAAAUCGCCAUGGUCUAAUUACGUAUAAUCUCACUAGCUGUUCUGCCCCACUAAUUAGGAGUUUUAUUCCCGUACCUGGCCCUCUUACAUGUGGCCGUCUGAUGAAUCUAAGGGAAAAGCUGGUAAUGGUGGGAGGAAUUGGGAAACAAGAUCGACCUGAUAUUAUCAAAGGGAUUGGGAUCUGGGAACUUAAUGGGAGGGAUUGGCAUGAGGUUGCUAAAAUGCCCCACAAGUAUUUCCAAGGAUUUGGUGAGUUUGAUGAUGUUUUUGCCAGUAGUGGCACAGAUGACCUGAUAUACAUCCAGAGCUACGGAGCUCCAGCUCUUCUUGUUUUUGACAUGAACCUGAAACAAUGGAAAUGGUCGCAGAAGUGUCCUGUGUCGAAGAAGUUCCCACUUCAGCUCUUCACCGGUUUUUGUUUUGAACCCAGGCUUGAAAUUGCUCCCUAGGUUCUUACUGAUUGGAUUUCAUAUGGUUGCGUUGAUAAAUUUGUCCAGAAAAUUCAAAGUUUUCCCUUUGUUUGCCCUUAUCCAGUUAAUCAUUAUGAAUGAAUUCUGUUUCUCAAAAGUUUACACAUAAUGUAAAUCAGAUAAAUCUCUGCUCAUAUA